AUGGCUCCCACGCUGCUCCUGCUGCUGCUCCUGCUGUGGCUCCAGGGCUGCACCUCAGGUGUUCCCACCGAGAAUGUGUACUCCAAAGUGCAACACUUUGAAGGGGAGACUCUGUCUGUGCAGUGCUCCUACAAGAACCGCAAGAAACACGUGGAGGGAAAGGUUUGGUGCAAAAUCAGGAGGAAGAAGUGUGAGCCUGGGUUUACCCGGGUCUGGGCACCAGGGCCGCGCUUCCUGCUACAGGACGAUACCCAGGCCAAGGUGGUCAACAUCACUAUGGUGGCCCUCAGGCGCCAGGACUCAGGCCGGUACUGGUGCAUGCGUAACAGCUCCGGGACUCUCUACCCUCUGAUGGGAUUCCAGCUGGAAGUGUCUCCAGUCCCCACAGCCGAGAGAAACACUCCUCGCACACAGCUGGCCGGCAUCCUCAAGAGUGAAGUGGUCGUCACAACAGGCCAUGCCCCCACCUCAGGCCCAGGGGCCCCCUUCACCACCAGCAUCAGGAUGCUCACACCCGGAGUCCUCACUUUGACCAGACUCUUGCCCUCUCCUGCCUCGGGGACCAUCAGGCUGAGCUCCAUGUCAGGCUACAGCUUCACCAGCCCCUCCACCCCAGAGACCACGAGGAUCACGGCCCAGAUGGUGACUGCGUCUCCCAGCUAUGUCAGAGCCUCCUCAGAGGCCCCGGCAUCCGUCUCCACCAAGGCCGGGCCACUGCGCCCCACAUCGCCCACCAUGAGAAUGUGCCACACCAGCCGGUCGCUCCUCAACAAAUUACCCCCCAUCAGGCCCCGGGAUGCUAACCCCACUGUGCUGGCGGCCGUGCUGUCCUUGCUGUUGGUGCCUGUGGUGAUGAUGGCGGUCUAUGGCUUCUGGAAGAAGAGACACGUGGGCAGCUACAGCAUUUGCCGGAGCCCUGCCAGGCCCUGGAGGGACCCGCCUGGAAGGCCGGAGCCUCCGUGGAAGCCUGCGUGGUUUAAAGCCACUUACGGAGUGGGCGAGCUUUUCCCCGAGGGACCCCAGGAGGUCACAGAAGUGAAGACGGGGGCCUGUCUGGAUUGGAGCCAGGUUGGGGGGUGA